AUGGAUCGAAGAAAUGCUCAUGCUCAGUCCUCUAGUUAUGUAGGACUUCUUUACAGUCAACAAGGCAGUGUUGCCCGUGAAGACUUUCCUUAUGAAAGUUUUCACUCUAGUGUUCACUUAGGAGAAUCGGAAAACCCUCCAUUCAGCUCCCAAAACUCUGUAGACACACCAGUACCCACACCAGUACCCACACCAGUGGACCGUGUUGUUCGACGCAAAUGGACCCCUGCUGAUGACGAGGUGCUAAUCAGUGGUUGGCUUAACACUUCCAAAGAUGCUAUUGUUGGCAAUGACCAGAAGUCGCAGACCUUCUGGCAACGGGUGGCUGACUAUUAUGCAGCAAGUCCUCACGGAGGAGAGGAUGGUGAAAAGCGUACUCAUCAUUGUGUUAAGAAGAGGUGGCAUAGAAUCAAUGAUCAGGUUAACAAGUUCUGUGGGGCAUUUUCAGCAGCAGACAGACAGAUUAGCAGUGGUGAGAGUGACACUGAUGUUCUCAAGAAGGCGCAUGACAUCUUCUACUCUGAUCACAACUUCUACUCUGAUCACAUCUUCUACUCUGAUCAUUAG